AUGGCUAAGCCAGGGCAACUGGUUUCUCUUCUCUACCCAUUCUUACUGCUAGCUGCAUUUUUUAUGCAGUGUCAUGGCAAUGACAGGAAGGUUCACAUUGUAUACAUGGGAAACCUUCCUCAAGGAGAUUUUGCUGCUCAAUCCACUCAUCAUUCCAUGCUCGAAAGUGUACUCGGAAGUACUUCGUCAGCCAAGGAGUCAUUAAUCUAUAGUUAUGGGAGGAGUUUCAAUGGAUUUGCAGCUAGAUUAUCUGAUGAAGAAGUGGAAAGACUCUCAGAAAUGGAUGGUGUCAUAUCAGUGAUACCAAAUCACAUAUUAAAGAUCCACACAACAAGGUCAUGGGACUUCAUGGGUUUCUCCAAAAGCAAACUUUCUGGUGCUCAACAAGGGAAUGUCAUUAUCGGUUUUCUUGACACAGGAGUAUGGCCAGAAUCUGAGAGCUUCAACGAUACAGGAAUGGGUCCCGCACCAUCCAAAUGGAAAGGAAUUUGCCAAGGAAAUGGCAACUUCACUUGUAACAACAAGAUUAUUGGAGCGAGGUACUACAACAGCGAGAAUUGGUAUUUUGAAACUGACUUCAAAUCUCCAAGAGAUUCUGAAGGUCAUGGAACGCAUACAGCUUCAACUGCAGCAGGUCGGAAGGUCGAAGGGGCAAGCUACUUUGGGUUGGCUGAAGGAGUAGCGAGAGGUGGAGUUCCAUUUGCAAGAAUUGCAGUCUACAAAGUUUGUUGGUCAUUUGGAUGUGCUACUGCAGAUAUUCUUGCAGCAUUUGAUGAUGCCAUAGCUGAUGGUGUUGACAUUUUAUCAGUAUCUCUCGGUGCUCCUUUGCCUUUCCCAUAUGUGGAAGACCCAAUUGCUAUUGGUUCCUUCCAUGCAAUGAGAUAUGGCAUACUAACAUCAAAUUCUGCUGGAAAUUCCGGUCCCGGUCCUUAUUCUGUCUCCAAUUUUGCUCCCUGGACUUUGACUGUUGCUGCUAGUACCAUCGAUAGGAAAUUUGUUGCACAAGUUGUUCUUGGCAAUGGACAAGUCUUUAAUGGGCUCUCCAUUAACAGUUUUGUGCUCGACGGGACAUAUCCAUUGAUUUGGGGAGGAGAUGCAGCAAAUUAUUCUGCAGGGGCUGAUCCUGACAUCGCAAGAUAUUGUUUCACUGGUGCCUUGAAUUCUUACAUUGUAUCAGGAAAGAUUGUUUUCUGCGAAACAAUUUGGGAUGGUUCUGGUAUUUUAUUGGCUAAUGGAGUGGGUGCUAUUAUGGCCGAUUCUGAAUAUAGCAAAGAUUUUGCCUUUAGUUAUGCUUUACCCGCAACAGUAAUCACCACAGAAGCUGGCCAACAAAUUUUGGAUUACAUCAAAUCCACAGAGUAUCCACUUGCAACUAUUUUGGUUAGUGAGACUUGGAAGGAUGUGAUGGCACCUUCUGUUGUAUCAUUCUCUUCCAGAGGACCCAACCCUAUCAGCCCUGAUAUUCUCAAGCCUGAUCUGACUGCCCCUGGUGUGGACAUUCUUGCUGCUUGGUCUCCUGUAUCACCACCAUCUAUCUCCUGGGGCGACAGUAGGAGUGUAAACUUCAACAUAAUUUCAGGAACUUCCAUGUCUUGCCCGCACGCUAGUGCUGCUGCUGCUUAUGUCAAGGCUGCUCAUCCUGAUUGGUCUCCUGCUGCCGUUAAAUCUGCCCUCAUGACAACAGCUAAUAUCAUGGACGCAAGAAAGCACCCAGACUUGGAAUUCGCUUACGGAUCUGGCCACAUCAAUCCAUUGGAAGCAACAGACCCUGGACUAGUUUAUGAUGCAACUGAAGCAGAUUACAUUAACUUCCUCUGCAAACAAGGUUAUAAUACUACAACUCUAAGACUAAUCACAGGCGAUAACAGUAGCGUUUGCAACAGCAUAAAGCCUGGAAGAGCUUGGGAUCUUAACUACCCAACUUUCGCACUUGCAAUUGAAGAUGGGCAACCAAUUCAGGGAGUGUUUACAAGAACAGUUACAAAUGUUGGCAAACCAAAUUCAACCUACAUUGUGAGCGUGUAUGUGCCACACUCUGUCAGUGUUACGGUAGAGCCAUCUGUCCUGUCAUUCUCUGCCAUUGGAGAGACCAAAACAUUUACAGUUAAGGUGUAUGGACCAAAGAUCUCCCAACAACCAAUCAGUUCAGGUGCAAUAAUAUGGAAAGACGGGACUUAUGUGGUCAGAAGUCCAUUGGUUGUAUACAAUAUACUUCCGGGAGCAACUUAUUCUUCUCCGCACUCCAUGACCAAGACUCAGAAAACACCCAAAUUUGAAGGUUCUUCAGUUUAUCACAAGAAUGGCAUUCUUAGAGGCAACUAA